ACUUCUACAUGUAUAGUAAUGACGGACCGGAUGUUUUCUUGCAACAACGUCAAUGGAUGUGGGAAAAAAUCGGUCAGGAGACAAAAGCUUCAUAUAUUUCCUGCUUUCAAAAUAUUAUUAAUGGGAUUGAAAAGGUGUAGACGUAUUUGCGUGGGUGGCGGUAGGUAGACAAAUGAAUCGAAAGCGAUUAAACAAAAUUGACACUGCGAUGGACUUUAGCCUGAGCAUGAAUAUCAUAUCGCUCGCUGCGGGGGUUCGUGCAGGUCAUAAUAAAACCGUGUCGUAUUCUCCUGCAGACGAUUGUGUUUCCCCGCGGAUUCAGGAUUCUGCUGAAAAUUGGAAGCGCGCGCAGAAGAAUCCCUGUGUAGAUCGGACGUGUUCCUUUAGCAAACCUUGAAGACUGAUGUUCAGAGGAAGUCGGUAGUCUGGAAUAUCAACAGGGCGAUAACCCUUAUUCGGCUCAGUUCCAGAAAAAAAAAUCAGGGGAAAUGAGCUAAAAACCCAUCAUAUCGAUUUGGAUUUAGUUGGAUAUUUCACUUUACAUUGGACUACAACAACCUGCCAAGUACAGUCUUGAGGCCUACUCGUCAAAACUUCAGGAUCUUUAUGUUCAUGUAAAGCCACCAUCAACUCCGGUCAUCCGCAAAGUGGAAGCAUCCCCGGCAUUCGCUUGGUUCAGUUUAUUUCAGAUCUUCACUCACUAAAAAACAGAUCACCAUCAUCAUUGAUUCUUAUAUUCUAUUGCUGCGUUAGAAGAAUUGUUAUUCUUUAACCAAGAGGUAUUAAAGUGACUUCAAGAUCGGAGAAUCAUGGCGGAGAUGCUGAGCAAACAAGUCAGCUGUUUGCUAAUGUCCGUGUUUGUUCUGCUGCUCAAACAGACUGGAGAAUGCUUGGCCAAUAUAGAGGUGAAGUUUGCUGGUUCUUGUGACUUCGAGACGGAUGAUCUCUGUGGGUACGUCCAGGGGGAUCGGGAUGAUUUUAACUGGAAGAGGAGAACGGGACCAACCCCAUCAAGGGGUACAGGACCAGAUUACGACCACACUCUUGGAGAAAAUGGCACUGGUCACUACGCCUUCAUAGAAGGAACAGGUGUUCACGCCUGGAAUGCGGCCCACCUCAUCAGCCCCUCCCUUGCUCCCCUCCCCACCUACUGCGUGACCUUUUUCUACCACAUGUACGGUGACGAUACGGGGGAGCUGAGCCUCCGGGUCCUCGACGAUUCCCAACCGGAGAAACUUUCCGAAGAGCUGUGGACCAUGUUAUGGGAGCAAGGAAAUCAGUGGUUCAAUGUCAGCGUUGAUGUACCGUGUGACCGGGGAUGCAAGCUUUCUUUCGAAGCUAAGCCUGGUAAUGGUUAUUGGUCUGAUACAGCUGUAGAUGACAUCACAGUCGUCAAUGGAAGCUGCUUCCCUAUAGAAGACCCGUCAACCCUCCGUCCUUCUAUGACGACCACGGGCACAUCUACCAAAGAGUCGAAAGAAACCUCCACCUUACACCCAUCCAUGGAAACUAGCACGCACCCCUCCCCGCAUUCAACACUUGAUUACCAGAUCAUAGAGUACAAGUACGAUGAGCGAUUCAUCACCAUCAUCCUCGCCGUCGGUCUCACGUUCUGGAGUGUCGUCUUCAUCAUCAUCUUCAUCAUCUUCUGUUACUGCGACAAAAGACAAAAUGGCGGGAGGCCGCGCGGGAUGCAAUAUGACGUCACAAUGGACUCGCCGCAUCCCGAAAAGCAGAGCGCGAACAUGGCGACGUACGUGGAGAUCGACGAACAGGAGCGAGAGCACGUCGAGUCGGUGGACGGCGGGGAUGGCGAUAUCGUGAAGUUAAAAGAUAGAUCGGAGGCAUUUUGUUCGGAUGAGAGUUCAUUGGAUUCGGAGAGGUACAGUGUUCCCUUCAUCACCACGCCCAAACCGCCCCGUGGGCCGUCGCCGUGUGGGUACAUGAGUUUACAGCUUGACAGUUUGAAUAAUAACGGAAAUACUGAGUAUCAGCCGCUUAGUACGGUCGAUUUAACGGAAGUCCCAGCGUAACCACGGCAACAAAAUCACCAAGAAAGAACAUUCAUAAUCGUUUAUCGUACUGUUGAUGUAAAUAUCGCGAUUUGAGAAUUGAAUUCAAGGAAAUGCUUUCAGAGAUUUAUAACUGACAUAAUAUUUAUUGAUAUGAUUAUAGAAGUACUUCAUCGUCACAUGGAUUUCGUUAUCAUGUUUAUCACCAGAGAGUAUUGAUUGCAGUGUCUCCCGCCGUGACAAGGGUGACCCACCAACUAAGUAUAUCAUUUAUAUUAACAGGACAUGCAAGAAGAGGAUUUUGAUACGACCGUUCCAGAGAGUGUAUACGACGUACAUGAUCAUGAUGAUGGAUAGUGGAUACUGCGUUUAUGCUUUUAGAUUUGAUACAUUCAUGGCCGUAUGCAGAAGUUAUUACUCGAAAGCGAGGGAGUGAGGCGGCAGAGCUUUUCAUGGGGGCACUUUUGCAUUUUCUAAAGAGUGACAUUGAAGGAUUUGUGCACACUUUCGAUGAAUUUUGUGCAAAAAUUUACAUCAAAAAAUUAAAGUUUUCAAACUGCCCCCGCUGCGUCCGGCCAUGGCUAUGUUGUUUCAGUGUUGGACAUGACGUAUUGUUUAGCUGAAUGGACCUUCUUUCACGUUUUUAAAACAAGGAGCAACAAAAACAAGAAAACCAACCAAACCCCCUUUUUGCUUGUUGAUUCGAAAGGAAACGGGAGUAGGAAUGCCCCCCCCCCCCCCUCCCUCCACUUAUCAUCGUCAACCACACCACUCAUGAUAAUAGUGUGCACUAAAAAAAUGCAAAAGUCAUGAUCCUUUUUGAAAACCAUUAGACGAAAAGAUGAUGAAAGUGAAAUGAUUUAUUCGAGAAAAUGAUCUAAAAUUGCUACAAAUAUUUUUCAUGAUUGCCGAUCUGACAAUGCUUGAAUAAUUAAUGGAGAGGAGUUUUCUCGAGUAUCGUGUGCGUAUAUUGGCAUGUUGAGUAAUCAUUUUAGUGAGGUUUACAUUAUGUUUUGCAGCACAGAAUGAGGGAUAAGGUGGUUUUAAUCAGAAUUCUUGUAAGUCAUGUUUUACUGGUCUAUCAGUUAAACAUAGCUUUAGUAUGCCUUACAUGAAUUUUUCUCAUCAAUUGUAUGCAUUCUUGAGAAGCUUCUUUUUAGAAAAUUGAGAGGCUGUUGUCCUUUAUCCUAUCAAAGAAAAAAAAAGAUUAAACAAUUUUCUCCUACCAUUAUCUAUGGGUGGUUGGGAAUAAUUUGGAAGUACAAACGAAUAUUAAACAUACUGGUAUCUAUCUCCGAAAUAUAUAUAUUUUGGGGGUCUAAAUUAUUUUGGUUGAAUAACAUAGAACAGGUAAAUCCGAAAAAACAAAUUCUAAGACAGACUUCCCCAUCGGCUUUAUUCCAGAACAAACUAUUUCUCGCUCGAUUUCCCGAUUUUAAGAACACAAAGGGUCGUUUAUUUGGACGAUGUGAAAAUGGCUAAGAAAGAAUAACAUGCUCGUUUAUGAAAACAGGUAAAUCAAAUUGAAGGUCAUAUAUUCUUUCAUUCUCUCAAAAUAAAUGAAUGUAACUACCUUGCCAGGUUCCUCCAAAAUAAUAACGAAGGUUCCCACGUCUGGGUUGAAAAUAGUGUUCUAUCAAUAAAUAAAAAUGAUUAAAAAAUUAUCCAAUGUUGGGUUGAAAGGGAACAUGCAUGCUUGUAGGGUAUUUAAUAAAAAAAAAUCGUGUAAUGGGUAAUUUUCACACAACAUUGCAUGUAAUUUGCACAUAAUUAUCCAUUAUUUUACCCAACAAACAUGCAUGUUCCCUUUUCAACCCGAUAUUUGGUAAAUCUUUGUUUUAGAUAGUUUUAGUAUCAAGUUUCUCCUUUCUGACCCCCCCCCCCCCCAAUACUUUCAUCGAACAUUCAUUAUCUGUGGUCAAUAGACAAGCAGUGAAACUAUGAUCAUGUCAUGUUAUUAUUGAUUUUUCUUCGUCGUUAGAAGAUGUUUUAUCCAAUUAUUAUUCAAACAAAAUGUUAACACUAUUACUAUUUUUUAGGGCAAAAAAGUUAAAUCCCAGCGUUCUGCUCUUUAUUAAGACAUCAAGUUUAAGAACCUUGCCAUGUUGAUCAAUUACAGCCAUUUAUCAAUACUGAUUAUGUUAUAUAAAUGUGCAAUUAAUAUGUGAGGGGAAAUAUCUUUUUCAAAAUGCAGCUUAAAGGAAAGUGCGUGCACCAGACAUAAACUGCAUUUAUGUUUUGAUCAAUUUUGAUCGAAAUUGCCUUUUAUACAAAUUUGAUUGUACUGAUUUAUUAAAAUUGUGAUUUACAGAAAAACUGC